UUGAGGCCUUAAAGUGGGUCACGGAGGUUUGUUGUCACAGUGACCUUCCUAGUUCACAUGAGAUGAGUCGUCGGCGUGUUUCCGUCAAGGAUCUUGGCAUGGUCGACUGUGAGGGCUGGCUCUACCGCAGGAAGGAGACGCGGAGCUUCCUGGGGAGUAAAUGGAAGAGAUACUGGUUUGUCCUGAAGAGGAGCUCUCUGUACUGGUACAAAGACCACAUGGCAGACAAUGCUGAAGGAUUCAUCAACCUCUCUGGCUUCUCCAUCGAACAGGCCAAGCAGUGCAGGAAGAAACACGCUCUAACAGCGAGUCAUCCUCUGGUUGUGACCAUGUUCAUGGCUGCAGAGAGUUUCUCAGACAUGAACAAGUGGAUCAGCAAACUGACAGCAGCAGCAGAAACCUGUGAUCUAAUCAGCGCUGAAGAGUGUUACAGUGAAGGCAGUGAUCAGGACUGUGAAGACCAGUCCUGUCCCCUAAACCUGGAACCACCACAGUCUGAAAACGGAGACGAAGCUUCUUCCUGUUUCCUGCCGAGUGAGAACAGAAGAAGAAGCACCUCUGAGGCUGCAGGGUUUUGUAGAAACAGAAGAAGAAAAUCCUUAGAAAGCAGAGAGCGUCUGUCCUGGCUGGACCUCCCACAGUCUGAUGGAGCCGGAGCAGGAGGAUCGCUCCCUCUGGUCCACAUCCAAGGAGAGAGAGAUGACCAGACGGUCCAAGAUCACUUCUUUGCAGAGAAGCCUCCUGAUGAGAUGGAGAGCCUCUACGUCCACCUGAAGGCAGCCAGCUCUUCUCUGAUUGGUCAGAGGGACUUUAAAGCGUCGUUUAUCAGACGAUGUCAGAAUGAUCAACUCAACGAGAAGCUUCAUCAGCUCAGGAUCCUCAGCAGCACGCUGAAGGCUAAAGAGUUGGAGCUGCGGGCGGUGGACCAGAUCCUCUCAGACCCGUCUCUCUCUCCUCCCUCAUACAGGAAGUGGAGACUCUCCAACUCCAUUUUACUGCAGGAGAUCAGAAAGAGAAAGCAGGCAGCAGGGGGCGCUGUGGAGCUAAAGCCUCCUGAACAGCUGUCUAUGAGCAGAGACUGAAGAGAUGCACUCCUGGGACAUGAGGGUUAUAUUUCCAGAAGGGAAAACUCUCUGGUCACUCUGGAUGUUGGUGUUUAAGGAGACUCUUCAUGUACCAGACUGACUCUGAUUUUAAAGGUGCAGUGUGUAAAACUGAAUAUCAUCUAGAAGUGGGUUCUAGGCUGCAUUUCUCUGCUGGAAACUGUAGCA